CGUCACAGUGCCACGUAAGCAGUGCCACGUAAGCAACAGUGCCACGUCAGUCACAGUGCCACGUUAGUCACAGUGCCACGUCAGCAUGACGGGUCCAGCAAUGGGCCUGCCAGGCCAACUGGCCAAUGAGUCCAUUGCCGACUACAAACAGCGCUUCCAGGCUCAGCUCGCUUUCAUCGAGGCUGAGGAACAACGCCAGCUGCCAGCCGAGGCUGCCCGCCUACAGGCUGAAGCAGCGGCAACAGCAGAGAAGCUGCGGCUACAAGCCGAAGCAGACGCAGAUGCCCAGGCUCGCCGCAAGGAAGCCCAGGAUCUGCUGCAGCGGCAUGAAGCCAACAACAUCGAGAGACUCAAGUUCUGGCACUUUGAACCGAACGGCGACGACGCAACACUGGAAGAGCAGCAUAAGGAGUUCCUCUCCAAACUCGUGACACGGUUGUUGUAUGCUUGCAACUACCAACGGUCCGAGUUAGAGAGACAGAACCAGGAACUGCAACAACAGUACCAGGAUCUGAAGACACAGCACCAGGAGUUGGCGAACCUCCGCCGGAUAGUGCAGAGCAGCAGAGCCACGGGGAUGCAACACGGGCACUCAAUUCCGGUGUACUGGACCUGGAACAGGCUGUACCAGGACCAGACGCUGGAGCUUCCAGCAGUGCACCCUCUAGCCGCCAACUGGAGGAACGCGUUAACCACCCACCCACGGCGUCGACGUCACGGAUUAUGGGAAGAGUUAACAUGGCUGUGGAAGAAGCGGUUCAUCGUCGACGACGCACCAACACUCGCCAUCAACCGUAUCUUCACCAUGUCUCAGGGCAACACAACAACACGUGACUGGCUCACGGAAUGGCAGAAGAUCACGGCCGUGCCCAAUCUGGACUUACCAUUCACGCAUCUACGCCGUGAGUUCUACAACAAGUCAUGCGCUGCGCUGAGCCAGACACUUGGUGAUCACAAGCAGUAUACCACUUUUGCCGAGAUCAUUGACAAGGCGAGAGAGAUCAUAAAGACCAACAGGGCAGCUGCACACGAGAAGUCAACGUGGCAGCCGACCUAUGUGGAGAAGGUAAAGACUGGUCCGCGACCGCAGCACUUCGAUGCAGUCCAAUCGGACAGUGGAGAAGACCCAGUAGCCACUCCAUCAUCACGUGACAGAGAUCAGGUGGCUGUUGUCCAGCCGCGAAGCAACAACAAGUCCCGAAACAAUGGGAAGGCGAAACCAGCAUCGCAGGCCGAAAAUGGACAGCCAACACCAUGGGUCAGGUUUAGCUUGACCGAGGAGAGUACAAACCUCCCUUUGCCAAGAUCAGGCCAAGGAGGAUGUGCGGCCACGUCUCAACUCGGGAAACUUAGUUUCGCGGGAGGUGAGGCGACUCCACCUUCAACUCCGCCAGAUUCGGCCGCCUUGCUAGCGGCCUCUUGCACAUCUGAGGAGGAUGCGAAUGUCGUAAGUUCUCGGUACACUUACGAGGACUAUGUUGUCCACUUGGUUCCACCGCUGGACCAACCGCACUACGUGCAACAAUCAACUGCAUGCACGGUUUCAUCACCAUCAGCAACCGAUUCGGCAGCUUUGUCGCCAUCUAUCGUCGGGGAUUCGACGUCAUGGUCAAGACUUGAAGAGAUCGACCCAUUGACGUUCGCAGACUUCCAAUGGAUGCCCGUUCCCUCGACCGGACGAUUGCCGAAACCACAUUGCAACGUGCUCAUGGCACAACUGCGAGAUUACUUGCACACUGCAGUACCGACUCCGUUGAUGGACGCCGGAGUACAGAUUGUCGACCUUCACGCUUACAUUUCGAAGAUCGACCGCGAGUUCAAGACGCAACAAUACGAUGACAUCAAUGCACCAUUGCUAUAUGUAUGCAUUCAGAUCGGAGAGGUGACCUGCAGCGCUUUGAUCGAUUGCGGAGCAUCUCGCAACUACAUCAGCCAGGACUUCAUGGUGCGUGUCGGCCUUGGCCCACGCGUCCGAAGGAAUCCCCAACCCACGCAAGUCACGUUGGCGGACGGUCACACGCACAAGUCAAUCGAUCGGUGCAUUGAUGACGUCCCAGUGUACUUUGCCCCUCACGCAAGUGAGGCGGUAUCCUUUGACAUUCUGGACACCCAAUUUGAUAUGAUUUUGGGCAUGUCAUGGCUGCGAAGCGAGGAUCACCCGGUGAACUUCUAUAACCGCACCGUUCACAUUCGUGCUCAUGCACGGCCCGCACGGAGUAAUACCGGAUCGGCCCAUCCGCCACGAGAUCAUCCUCGAGGACGGGGCCGUACCUCCGCGCGGUUGCAUCUACCGAAUGAGCGAGGAAGAGUUAAGUGUGCUUCGGGCACAACUCGACGACCUUCUGGAGAAGGCUGGAUUCGGCCUAGCUCAUCGCCAUACGGUGCUCCUGUUCUCUUUGUCCAGAAGAAGAACAAGUAUUUGCGGUUGUGCAUCGAUUAUCGCAAGCUCAACGCGCAGACGAUCAGAAAUGUCGGCCCUCUCCCACGCAUCGACGAUCUUCUCGAGCGACUGGGCGGCGCCAAGUUCUUCUCCAAGCUGGACCUCAAGUCGGGAUAUCACCAGCUCGAGAUUCGAAAGGAGGAUCGCUACAAGACCGCGUUUAAGACGCGAUAUGGGCAUUUCGAAUGGCUGGUUAUGCCAUUUGGCCUUACGAAUGCCCCGGCCACUUUCCAAGCGGCUAUGACAAUGGAGUUCCAACACAUGCUGGAUCGAUACGUACUUAUCUACCUCGACGAUAUCUUGGUGUACAGCCGGAGUUUGGAGGAGCAAGUGGAACACCUACGCACCGUUCUGGAGCGGCUACGACAAGCCAAGUACAAAGCCAACCGCGACAAGUGCGAAUUCGCGCGGCAGGAGCUGGAGUACUUGGGACAUUAUGUGACGCUGUAAGGCAUCCGUCCGCUUGCGGACAAGAUCGAGGCCCUACGAGUAUGGCCCGAGCCCACCAACACC